AUGGGUGUCUCAGGAGAUGACAGUCCCUCCGUUCCCCCAGUUCAAUCUUAUGACGCUAUAGUUUCGCGUCUCGCACAGCAGGACAAAGUUCCUUGGUAUCGUAAACCUAAUCUAAGGAUGUUAUACUUGGUCAUGUUCCCUACCUGUCUUGGUGUCGAAAUGACCAGUGGAUUUGACUCCUCUAUGUUGAAUGGUUUGCAAGCAGUAACUUCGUGGCUAGAUUUCUACAAUCACCCCCGUUCUGCCUUAUUGGGUUUGAUUUCGGCCAUGUACUCCCUUGGUGCUAUUUGUGCUGUCCCUCUCGUUCCGGUUGUCACUGACAGGUUCGGUCGACGACGUGCGAUCUUCUUCGGCAGUAUUUUGAUGAUUAUUGGGGCUAUCUUACAAGCAGCUGCUCAAGAUUUGGCCAUGUUCAUUGUAGCCCGCUUUUUCUUGGGAUUAGGGAUAGUCUUUGCCAUAGUCGCGGCACCAUCAUUGAUUGGAGAACUAUCUCAUCCCAAAGAGCGCGCAAUUCUAGGCUCCUUAUUCAACUCAUGCUACUUCAUAGGCUCGAUCGUGGCUGCAGGUGUGACCCUAGGUACAUUCAAUAUGCCGAAUAACUGGGCCUGGCGCAUCCCUUCCUUGCUCCAGAUUGUUCCAAGUUUGCUGCAGGUCACCUUCAUAUGGUUCCUUCCAGAGUCUCCACGUUGGCUUAUAUCCAAAGGCAGAGGGGAAGAAGCCUAUGCCAUUCUAGCACAGUACCACGCGGAAGGGGACUUCAACUCCGAGUUUGUCAAGGCUGAAUACACUCAAAUCGAAAAGACCUUGGAACUCGAGUUGAAUAGUUCGAAGAUGAGCUGGAGGGAGACUGUUGCUACUCCAGGAAUGCGGAAGCGUGUUUUGAUUGGUUCCUUCCUAGGCCUUUUCACACAGUGGAGCGGAAAUGGUCUGACUUCAUAUUAUCUAGCGCCUAUAUUGGACAACAUCGGCAUACACGACAACAGGACGAAGAAUUUGGUAAACUUGUCAUUGACAUGCUGGAGCUUUGUAAACGCCAUCAUCCUCGCAUUGACGGCUUCCAGAUUUCCGCGUAGGGUUAUGUAUAUGGCAUGCACUAUUUCUCUUUUACUUGUUUUCACCUCUUGGACGAUUGCCAGUGCAGAAUAUACGCGUACGGGAAGCCAGGCCUCCUCGCGGGCAGUACUUGCGUUCAUUUUCUUGUAUAGUCCCGCAUACAACAUCGGCUAUAAUGCUUUGACAUACACAUUCCUGGUUGAAUUAUUUCCCUUCCAUGUACGUGCUCGGGGGAUUACUAUCUUCCAAUGGUGGGGUCGGGUUGCUGGAUUCUUCAAUCAGUUCGUCAAUCCCAUUGGUAUUGACAAUGCAGGGUGGAAAUACUAUAUCAGCUACUGCGUAUGGCUUGUGUUCGAAGUUCUCUUUGUAUACUUCCUCUUCCCCGAGACUUCCAAGAGAACUCUAGAAGAGUUAACUUUCAUGUACGAGAAAGACAAUCGCACAGAACAAACAAGGCGGAUUGAGCAUGAAAUACAGAAUGAAGAGCCUAUCAACGAGACUGAGAAGGACAAGGCCACUACGUCUCACAUUGACUAA